ACCGCUGGGCAUGUAACGGAGCAAAGCAACGACCCGGAUGUUGAGCCAUCAGAGCCACUACGGGUAGUUGGGCCCAGCGGUGUACAGCUCCAGAACGUCGACCAGAAUGUUCCUCAGCAAUAUCGUGGUAGUCAUGAUUGUGAGGGUCCACGAUGUCUCUGUCAAAGGUACGAGAACGGUGAAUUGGCAGUGGUUGUUAUGAAUCAGAACAGGAAUGCGUCGAAUCAGGACAGAGGUGACGAAGGAUAUCAGAAUACAGGACGGGUGCAUAGACUUUAUCAGAAUCGUCCACUGGGACAAAAUCAUCCUAACCUCAAUCCAAAUUAUCAAAACCCUGUGGAUCUGAUACGUAACUACAACCGUGAUCGUCAGCUUCAGCAGGAACCCGAGGAGAAUAUCUAUGAAAGACUGGAUGACGACGACGACGAGGUUGUUGUCAGUGAGCGUAAUCUCCCUAAUAACUUUGCCAAUUGCCGCAGCGAGGAUAAUCAUACUUACGAAAGGAUUGACAACAGAUUCUGGUACAGGGGUGGUAUUAAUAAUUCCCGCAACAAUAAUUCUCAUAAUCCCCAUGUACCGGGACCUAGUGCGCUUCAUGACUUGGACUCCAGGAACUUCGGUCAGUACGAUCAACCUAGGAACGUCUACCUGGAUGCAUCCAGGGGUAUCUCUAGUCAACAGUGUCUCAGCCGUCUUGGUCGACUUGGUAGGAAUUGCUUCUCGACGGAGAACAUCGCCUCCACAUCCAACAGAAGAUAUAUUUACCAACUUGGACAUAAUUGUAUGUGCCAGUUUUGCAGGCACCUUGACGCAAGAUAUAUAUGCCACUAUUGUCACACUAUGCACGAUAGACUGCGGUAUCAGGAUGCCGGGAACACAGGAACUAUUGGCAAUUCCAGACACUACAUAUACCAAGUGUCGCGAAAUUGCAGGUGCGCCUUUUGCCGUGGCGAAUCGCCGUAUGCGAGGUUUCCUAUAAACUCAGCCAGACUCUCUGAAUCGUUCAGAAGAGAUUGUCAUUGCAGAAAUUCUGCAAACUGCACCUGCAGAAAUCGAUUUCUUUCCUCUUCAAAUCCAGCAAUCUACAUAGGCAGGAUUGAUCGUGCGGCUAUUGCUCAGACUGUGAAUAAUCCUUUAUAUGCAAAUCCCACUAUAUAUGUAGGUAGGAUCGAAAGGUCCUGUGUAGCAGGAUUAAACAAUUUAGCAGCCGGAAGUAAUUCAACGGAUUCAAGCGCGUCUACUUUGAAUCCGAGUACGUCCAAUUCUAAUGGCGAUCCGUGCACUUCCGGAACCAGCCGUUCUAUAGCCAGUACUUCCGGCAAUCCUUCCACUUCAAACGCCUCCGUGUGUCCUGUAAAUCGAUCAGCAGAACGUCAGCAUACUUGUGACGAUUCCUGUAUCAGGAACCCAACCGGAAACUCGGCCGGUGUUUAUCAGUUCCUGGGACGUUGUGAGAAAGCUGAUUGUCAGCAUGGUAGGGUCUCCGUCCAUUGGUGGUUUGUCAAUAAAUGGCUAUCGCCCUGGAUGCCCCAGAAUUCUGAUAGAAAUCCUGAACCGGUUCCUAAGGAGGAAGAAUCUCGGGAGGAACAAGAGAGUGACAAUGAUGACUCUUAAAAAAUAUCUUCCAAUCUCAACUGUUUUGGAGCAAUGGAUAUAAUUUGAAACAACCUUCAGUGACGUUAAUCCCAUUGGGAAUAGGAAUACUCAAAAUUCAAAAAAACUCAAGUGCCCGGAUUAAUAUAGAAAGUUCAAAUUAAUCAUUGUAGGGUAACGCGUCAUUACAUUAUUAAUAGUCUGAUGGAGUUAUGGAUUGUUUUUGCUUAUCAUUAACUUCGCCUACACUAUCACUUUACGCUCACUGUUACUAUUGAUACUUACCGAUCGAGCUCUACUUAUAAUUGUACUUGGGAGAACGUUGUUACCUGUUACUAUAUUGAUAUCGCAAAACCCGUUCGUGUCGAAGAAUGAUGAAUCGAGGAUAAUAAAUUAAUACUGUAUAAUAGAGAGGCGUGUUUAGAAAAUCCUUAGUAAUAUUGUGAUAACAAGGAUCGUACAAGUAAUAGAUGAUGUGUCUCAAAGUCGUUUUAUUAAUUGAUUACUAAAAUAUAGAUACAUAUAUGUAUAUAUAUAUAUUGUACAUACAAAUAAUAUACGAUAGCCUCUACUAGCCGUUAGUGAAUCCUUUCCUUAGAAUUUCGCUAUUGUUAUUAGAAACUUUAAUUGGUAGAAAAGUGUAUACGUAUAAAUAUUUUCUGUAUAUAUUUCUUUUUUUUUUUUCGUUAUUCUUUAGUUUUACUUUUAAAACCUUUCACGGGUCCGGUAUAGAAUUGUGAAAAAUUCCAAUAUGUUUUGCUCUUUUUAGGAACACGCAGAACGUUUCAGUCGAUAGAUUUAGGAAAUCUGUAUUGUGCAUUUGUCAAUUUUGAAUUCGUACUGGUCGUAGCUGACGGGUCUGCUUAUAAUAAUAAUAACGUGUGACGUAAAUGAAUGCACAGGGAGACGGUGUUACAAUUAGGAGAGUAGAAUAAAAGGAGUGGAGGAGGAAAACAAAAUAUAGAAUCCUUGAAGGAUCGUGACGAUUGGUGACAAUUUUUGGAGAAAAAAAGCAAAAAAAAAAAAUGCGAAAAAAACAAAGAACGUUAAUGAACAAUAAUGGAAAAGUCCUAAUUUGCAGCUAGAUAAAACUAAUGACUAAACUAGAAGUGGUAAUAUCUACGUGCAGGAGCGAAGGACGAGCCCAAAGAAGGGGGAAAGGGGACAAAAGAGCGAGAGCGAGAGAGAGAGAAAUACAGAAAGCAUUUAAUAUUCUUAGCUCGUAGCAAAAGAACGAAAAGAAAAAGAGUGAGCACGGCUAAGAGAAAACGAAAAAAAAAAGUGCAUCCGCAGAAAUCUAUCGAAAGUACAUGUAUAUUUAUAUUUUGUAAACGAAGAAAAUUUGAAAAAAAUAAGGGACAAAAACUGUAACGACCCGAAGAGAUGGCGAUGGAAUAAAAAAAAAGUUGUCUUCUUUAA